AUGGCGUACAACUACGUCGUGACGGCGCAAAAGCCCACGAGCGUGACGCACAGUCUCGUCGGUAACUUCACCCACGACAACGAGCUCAACCUCAUCGUCGCUAAGUGCACGAGGAUUGAGAUCCACAUGCUCACCCCCGACGGCCUGCAGCCCAUGCACGACGUCCCGGUGUACGGCAGGAUCGCAGUCAUGAAACUCUACAGGCCCGCGGGUGAGAAGCGCCAGCUCCUCUACGUCGCCACGGAGCGCCUGAUGUUCUGCGUGCUCGCGUACGAUCAGACGAGCGGCGCCAUCGCCACUCGCGCGAUGGGGGACCUGAGCAACACCAUCGGGCGCCCGUGCGAGCACGGGCUGAUCGGCGAGGUGGACCCGGAAUGCCGACUCAUCGGUUCGCAGGCGUACGACGGACUGUUCAAAGUCGUCCCCAUGGAUCGCGCCGGUCAGCUGCGCGAAGCGUUCGACGUGAGACUCGAGGAGCUCAACGUCGUGGACGUAAAGUUCAUGCACGGGUGUGCCACGCCGACGAUAUGCGUCCUGUACGAGGACACGAAGGAGGCGAGGCACGUCAAGACGUACGAGGUGGACGUGAAAGAGAAGACGCUUCGAGACGGGCCGUGGUCGCAAAGUGACGUGGAGGGCGGAUCGUCGCUGAUCAUCCCGGUCCCGGCGCCCCUGGGCGGGGCGAUCGUCGUGGGCGAGAGCGUGAUCGUCUACCUGAACAAAGACGGCGGGAACGGGGCGGGCGGGGCUAUCGCGACGAAGAGCGUCAACGUGAUGGCGCACGGGGUGGUCGACGCGGACGGGUCCCGGUACCUGCUCAGCGACAGCACCGGCAUGCUCCACCUCCUCGUGCUCGUCCACGACAGGCGGAGGGUGCACGCGUUGAAGCUAGAGUCGCUCGGGCAAACGUCCAUCGCGUCGACGCUGUCGUACCUGGACAACGGCGUGGUGUACGUGGGAAGCGCGUACGGGGACUCGCAGCUCGUGCGUUUACACGCGCAGCCCGUGAGGUGCGCCGCAGACCAAGUCCCGGCCACCCCCGACGGCCUGACCUACGUCGAGUGCCUGGAGUCGUUCACGAACCUGGGCCCCAUCGUGGAUUUCGCCGUCGUCGACUUGGAUCGACACGGGCAAGGGCAGGUGGUGACGUGCUCGGGGGUGAAUAAGGAUGGGUCCCUCCGGGUCGUCCGAAACGGCGUCGGCAUCCACGAACGCGCCGCCAUCGAGCUCCCGGGCGUCAAGGGAUGCUGGAGCCUUCGCCGAGGCGACGCGUCGACGCAUCCGUCGGAUACCCACCUCGUCGUGUCCUUCGCUGGCGAGACUCGCAUACUGGCCAUAGACGACGACGACGAGCUCGCCGAGUGCGAGUUUCGCGGCUUCUCCGCGAACGAACAGACGCUGUGCGUGUGUAACGUGGACGGGGGUUUCGUCGUGCAGUGCGUGGCGUCGGGCGUGAGGCUGGUGAACGCGGCGGACGGCGAGCCGAGAGCGACGUGGUCGCCACCCGGGGGCGCGACGGUGUCGGUGGCUUCGGCUAACAGGACUCAGGCGCUGGUGGCGACGACGGGGGGUUCGCUGUAUUCCCUCGCGCUGGGGUCCGCCGCGCUCAUCCGCGAGACGGCGUCGGCGUCCCUCGACGGUAAGGAGAUUGCGUGCCUGGACUGUACCCCCCUCUCGGACCCCGGCGACGCCGCCGCACGGCUGUGCGCGGUGGGCACGUGGACCGCGGAGGUCUUCCUCCUGACCAUGCCGGAUCUGCGGCUCGUGACGACGUCGCCGCUGGGCGGCGGCGGGGGCGGCGUCAUUCCCCGCGCGGUGCUGCUCUGCUCCUUCGAGGGGACGCCCCACCUGCUCGCCGGCCUCGGCGACGGGGCGCUUCACACCUUCGGCGUCGACCCCGAGGCUGGCACGCUGAGGGACGGCAAAUCUCUGAGCCUGGGCACGCAGCCCAUCACCCUGCGCACGUUCAGGAGCAAGGGCGCGACGCACGUCUUCGCCGGAAGCGACCGCCCGACGGUGAUUUACGGCAACAACGGGAAGCUCAUCUACUCCAACGUCAACCUGAGGGAGGUGCUCCACGCGUGUCCCUUCAACUGCGACGCCUUCCCGGACUCCCUCGCGCUCGCGUCCGAGUCGGAUCUCACCAUCGGCGGCAUCGACGACAUACAGAAGCUCCACAUACGCACCGUCCCACUGGGCGAGCAGCCGAGACGCAUCGCGCAUCAGCCGGAGACUCGAACAUACGCGGCGCUGACGGAAAAUUUCGACGAAAACGGCUACUUUGUGCGAUUGUUCGACGACGUCACGUUCGAGACGCUGUGCAAGUUUCGGCUGGAACCCGACGAGCAGGACUCGAGCGUCAUAUCCUGCGCGUUCGCCGACGACCCGAGGGUUUAUUACGUCGUGGGCACCGGGUACAGUUUGCCCGAGGAGCCCGAGCCGACGCGGGGUCGAAUCUUGGUGUUUCGCGCCGAGGACGGAAAGCUUCAGCUCGUCGCGGAGAAGGAGGUGAAGGGCGCGGUGUACAACCUCAACGCGUUCAACGGUAAGCUGCUGGCGGGCAUCAACAGCAAGGUUGAGCUCUUUCGCGGGGGGGAUCCGGUCGGGGCCGACGGAGCCGGCGGAUCGACGUACGAACUCGCGAAGGAGUGCUCCCACCACGGUCACAUCGUGGCGCUGUACGUGGCGGUCCGCGGCGAGUUCAUCGUCGUCGGUGACUUGAUGAAGUCGGUGUCGCUGCUGGCGUACAAGCCGGAGGAGUCGGUCAUCGAGGAGCGAGCGAGGGACUACAACGCCAACUGGAUGACGGCGGUUGACAUCCUCGACGACGACACGUAUCUCGGCGCGGAGAAUAACUUUAACCUCUUCACCCUGCGCAGGCAGUCGGACGCCGCGACGGACGAGGAACGGAGCCGGCUGGAGGUUGUGGGGGAGUACCACGUCGGCGAGUUUGUCAACCGGUUCCGACGCGGGUCGCUGGUCAUGCGGCUGCCCGACCAGGAAAACGCCGACGUCCCCACGCUUUUAUUCGGCACCGUCAGCGGCGUCAUCGGCGUGCUGGCCACGCUGCCCCGGGAGCAGUUCGAGUUCCUGAGCGCGCUUCAGGCGGCGCUGAACAAGACGGUGAGCGGCGUUGGGGGCUUGAGCCACGACGCGUGGAGGAGUUUUCAGAACGAGCACAGGCACAGGGCCAAGGACGGCGCCCGGGGCUUUGUCGACGGCGACCUCAUCGAGUCGUUCUUGGACCUGAGGCCGGAGAAGGCCCGGGAGGUGGCGGCGGCGGUGAAGCUGAGCGUCGAUGAGCUGACGCGCAGGGUGGAGGACCUGCAGCGGCUCACGCACUGA